UCGUCCUCUGCUCAUAUAUAUAUACACAGUAUGAAUUAGGGUUUUUGGGACACGGAGGAGUCGGCUAGGUCAAGUUUGAGCAGAGAGAGUCCAAGGAACGUACUCUCGCGAUGGGUAGAAGACCUGCAAGGUGUUACCGGCAAAUUAAAAACAAGCCUUAUCCAAAAUCCAGGUUCUGUCGUGGUGUCCCUGACCCUAAGAUCAGGAUCUAUGAUGUUGGAAUGAAAAAAAAGGGUGUGGAUGAAUUUCCAUUCUGUGUUCAUCUAGUGAGUUGGGAGAAAGAAAAUGUGUCUAGCGAGGCGUUGGAAGCUGCUAGGAUUGCCUGUAAUAAGUACAUGUCUAAGUUUGCCGGGAAGGAUGCAUUCCACUUGAGGGUCAGGGUGCACCCCUUCCAUGUUCUGCGGAUUAACAAGAUGCUUUCAUGUGCUGGGGCUGAUAGGCUCCAGACUGGUAUGAGAGGUGCUUUUGGCAAGCCACUAGGAACUUGUGCAAGAGUGGCCAUUGGGCAGGUUCUUCUUUCAGUUCGCUGCAAGGAUAACAACAGCCAGCAUGCACAGGAGGCCUUACGCCGUGCUAAGUUCAAAUUCCCUGGUCGUCAGAAGAUCAUUGUCAGUAGGAAGUGGGGAUUCACAAAGUUCAGUCGGGCCGAAUAUCUGGCUUAUAAGGCAGAGAACAAAAUUGUGCCGGAUGGUGUCAACGCCAAGCUUCUUGGAUGCCAUGGACCUUUAGCAAACCGUCAACCUGGAAGGGCUUUUCUACCUCAAGCUGUCUAAGCUCAGCUACUUGUUUCGUUUUUAGGUGUUUUUGUUUUCUUUUUUGACGCUUGGAACAAAUCUAUAUUAUCAUGUAGUGUGUCUGUAUUAACUCACAAGUCUGGCUGUUUUAUUGCUUAAAAAUGUUGGAGAUACCAAUGUAGCCAAAACGACCUUUUCUUUUCUCUCUAUUUCUCGUUAUGCUGAAGUUUCAUAGAAGUUAUUGCUACCAUUUCAAUCUUGAUGAAUCGAAAGUAAGAAGAAUGGUUCCAACGA